GACGCGAUCUGUGUCAAUUGCCGGCCGGGCGACGUAGCGGGAAUAAAGGCCGGAGCCUAUUUCUGACUGACAGGCUUUUUAUAACGUGUGAUGCUGCCUGCAGCCCCGUCCGUCGACAUGGCGGGUUGAUGGUUUAUCUGUUGCCGGUUUCUGUCUCAGCGUUGCGUCGUGUUCGUGUUUGUGCGCCAUAAUGAGGUAAAAGGUGUUGAAGGAGGUGAAGAGGAGCUCAGAGGAUGACGCCUUUCUCCAGGAGCGCAAGAUGCAACAUUUGCAUUAGGGAGGUUUCUCUCUUUGUUUUCAUGUUGUUUAUUAUAUAGACGGCGUUGAAAGGUGGGAACAACACGGUCAGGAUGAGAAAACAUGUCAUUUAUUGACAGACAAUAAUGAAUAAUCCUCUUGGGGGAUGUUAAUUGGUUAAGGGGCUUUAAAGCGACGCACCGACUCGUUGCAUUGUCUGUGAGGUCCUAUUUUCGCUUGUGGUGUCCAAGCCCCAGUCGGCUAUACAGACAGAUUAUAAAGCGGAGGAGAUCUGUCUGUCAGAUCAAUAAAGAUGGUGUUUCGGAGUGAGGAGAUGUGCUUGGCGCAAUUGUUCCUGCAGUCCGGCUCUGAGUAUGACUGCAUCAGUGAGCUCGGUGAGCUGGGGCUGGUCGAGUUCAGAGAUCUCAACCCGAGUGUCAGCUCAUUCCAGCGGCGCUUCGUCAGCGAAAUCAAGAGAUGUGAGGAGAUGGAGAGGAUUCUGGGUUACCUUCUGAGGGAGAUGCAGAAGGCCAACAUCGCCGUGCCAGAGGAGGAGGAGGGCCCGCUCGCUCCUCCACCCAGACAAGUCCUUGAGAUCAUGGAGCAGCUUCAGAGGCUGGAGAUGGAGCUCAGCGAGGUGACUCGAAACAAAGAGAAGCUGCGGAGGAACCUCCUGGAGCUCACCGAGUACACGCACAUGCUGAAGAUCACACGGACCUUCAUACACAGCCGCUCCAGACAUGAGGCUCUUGGUCCCCAGUAUGAAGAAUUCCCCACGAUGGAGACAGACUCUGUGACAGGAUGCACCGGUAUGCAAAGACUUGGAGCCAAGCUGGGGUUUGUCUCUGGUCUCAUCCAGCGGGUGAAGGUGGAGGCCUUCGAGCGCAUGUUGUGGAGAGUUUGUAAGGGUUACACCAUCCUCAGCUACGCAGAGGUGGACGAGAACCUCGCUGAUCUCGACACCGGUGAGAUCAGCAAAAGCGUUGUGUUCCUCCUCUCUUUCUGGGGAGACCAGAUUGGACAGAAAGUACAAAAAAUCUGCGAUUGUUACCACUGCCAUCUUUACCCGCACCCUGAGAACGAUGAGGAGCGGGCGGAUGUGUUGGACAGCUUAAGGACUCGCAUCCAAGACCUUAACAACGUGCUGCAUCGCACCGAGGACUACCUGAGGCAGGUCCUGCAGAAGGCCUCGGAGUCGGCCUACAGCUGGGUGGUGCAGGUGAAAAAGAUGAAGGCGAUCUACCACAUCCUGAACCUCUGCAGCUUUGACGUCACUAACAAGUGUCUGAUCGCUGAGGUGUGGUGUCCCGUCAGUGACCUGGCAAACCUGCGGGGGGCGCUAGAAGAGGGCUCGAGAAAAGGCGAUGCCACCGUACCGUCUUUUGUGAACCGCAUACCGAGUACCGACACUCCGCCCACGUUGUUGAGAACCAACAAGUUCACAUCUGGCUUCCAGAGCAUCGUGGAGGCGUACGGGGUGGGGGACUAUCGCGAGGUAAGCCCAGCUCCCUACACCAUCAUCACGUUCCCCUUCCUGUUCGCCGUGAUGUUCGGCGACCUCGGCCACGGGAUGGUAUUGAGUCUCUUUGCCUUGUGGAUGGUGCUGACGGAGAAGAAGCAGAAGAAGAAACGCUCCAGUAAUGAGAUAUGGACGACGUUCUUCCAUGGGCGUUACAUCAUCCUGAUGAUGGGUCUUUUCUCUAUCUACACCGGGCUGAUCUACAACGACUGUUUCUCGAAGUCUCUCAACAUAUUUGGCUCUGGGUGGAGCGUCAAGGCGAUGUUCACAAAUCAGAAGUGGACAAAUAAAACCCUCCAAACAAACGCUUUGCUCACGUUGGACCCCAACGUCACCGGCGUUUUCAGCGGACCGUAUCCAUUUGGAAUCGAUCCUAUAUGGAACAUGGCAGUGAACCGUCUGUCCUUCCUCAACUCCUACAAGAUGAAGAUGUCGGUUGUUAUCGGGGUCAUUCACAUGAGCUUUGGAGUGGUGCUGAGUGUCUUCAAUCACUUGCACUUCCGACAGAAAUUUAAUGUCUAUCUGCUAUUUCUUCCUGAGCUGCUCUUCCUGCUCUGUCUCUUUGGCUAUCUGGUCUUCAUGAUUCUCUACAAGUGGCUGGCGUUCGGCGCACAAGACUCCAGCCAGGCUCCCAGCAUCCUCAUCCACUUCAUUAACAUGUUCGUCAUGCAGGGGAAGGACAUCACUCCUCUCUACCCAGGACAGACCGGGCUGCAAAUCUUCUUAGUUGUGAUAGCGAUGCUGUCGGUUCCUGUGCUGCUGUUAGGAAAACCUCUUUACUUGUACUGGCUGUACCGCGGAGGCAAAGGCCUGCGCAGACGCAGAGGUUAUGAGAGGGUGAGGCGUGUAAGUGAGGAUGAUAAUUCCACAGCACCAUCCUAUGAAGAUGAUGAUGAAGAGGAGGGACUUGAUGAAAUGCCGAACAGAGAAGCUCUUCCCAAAGAGUUUGACUUCGGGGAUGUGCUCCUGUACCAGGCCAUUCACACCAUCGAGUACUGCCUGGGCUGCAUUUCCAACACGGCAUCGUACCUGCGUCUCUGGGCGCUCAGCUUGGCUCAUGCCCAGCUGUCGGAAGUGUUGUGGGGCAUGGUGAUGCGCCUGGGUCUGAGGAUCACCACCAGAGUGGGAGUGGUGUUUUUAGUCCCCGUGUUUGGCCUCUUCGCUGUGCUCACCGUGUCCAUCCUGUUAGUCAUGGAAGGAUUGUCAGCGUUCCUCCACGCUCUACGACUUCACUGGGUGGAGUUUCAGAACAAAUUCUACCACGGGACCGGCAUCAAGUUUUUGCCCUUCGACUUCUCCCUCCUGCCCUCUGUUUUUGAACAAGAUGGCUUGCUUUAAAAUGAAAAAUAUGGACUCUGAAGUUUUGCAUAUGAGUGGAAGCAGACUUUAUGAUUGGGGAAAGAUGCUGGAAGCUGGAACAAUUCACACUGUGAUGACGACAACAGACCUUCAAGACAAUGGACUGAAACUCACUCUUGUAGCAACGUUUUUCACCGUGACGAUUUUUAAAAUGUUAUCGGCUGUGCUGACUGCCUUACGACUGUACCCAGCAGACCUCUGAAUAUACAGAGGUUCAAAAUUCUUCCUCUGUUGAUUUCAUUUUGUAGGUGAGAUAUCGCUUAACUCUACUUGCCACAUCAGUUGGGUGAGUUUAUUUGCAUUGUGCUGUGUAAACCAGUUUUGUAUUAUUUACAACAUGUUAUACAGUGCAAUGUAAAUAUCUAUCGGAGACCAUAUCAAGCAUCCUGAUGUAGUGCCAUAGAGAUUUAUUUCUGAUGAUGAUGAUAUGGGGAUGCUGAUGAGAGAAAAUCUGCAUCAAAACCUAAAGAAAAGAUAAAAAAAAAAACAUUACAACCCUUUUUUGUGAGGCAUACUGUCACAAAGCACUUUGCAGAAAUGAUUGUACAAUUAAGUUUUCACUGACGACUGUGAUGAUGCCAAAUGAAAAUAAUCUUCAACUGUUAGCUGUUUGCUUAUUUACUUAUUAAAGCAUUUACUGUAUUUAUUUAAGCGUAACCUCCCCUGUAAUCGAUAGUCAAAUACUCCAGAAAAAGUCAAGAAGUGUUAGGCCUUUCUUUGAUGAUACUGCUUGUUGCGUUUGUUAAUGAUAAUUAAUUAUGGUAUUUAUUUAAAUUAUUGUCUGUACAAGAGUCUAAUAUUUUACCAUUUUGAUGUGUUGAAUAAAGGUUUCAAGAAAUGCAAGCAA